UAAAAGUAAGCCACUUUGGGUUGCUUCUUAUCUCUCGAAAGGUUGGGGAAAAAAGGAAUAAAAGUAAGCCACUUUGGGUUGCUUCUUAUCUCUAUAUAAACCUUGUCUUCCUCGUUUAGUUUCCCAUCAUUCCUGCACCGAGGAUCUUGUUUUCCUUCACCAAAUCAUUUUUUAAAAGAAUUUUCUGCAAACAAGCGCUCGAUCAGUGACAAGCACAGCAAACAAAAUAGUAAAUUGAUCCGUUUCUGAAUCAGAAGGGAAGAGAUCGUCAUGUGGAAGCUUAAGAUCGCAGAGGGUGUUGACGGUCCACACUUGUACAGCACCAACAACUACGUGGGGAGACAAACCUGGGAAUUCGACGCCAACGCCGGCACCCCAGAAGAGCGAGCUCAGGUGGAAGAGGCUCGCCAAAAUUUCUACAAGAACCGGUUCCAGGUCAAGCCUAGCGCCGAUCUCAUUUGGCGCAUGCAGUUUCUAAGGGAAAAGAAUUUCAAGCAAAGUAUACCAGCAGUGAAAAUUGAAGAUGGAGAGCAAAUCUCAGAUGAGAAGGCGAAAACAGGAUUGAGGAGGGCCGUCCAUUUCUUCUCAGCUUUGCAAGCCAGUGAUGGUCAUUGGGCCGCUGAAAAUGCCGGUCCAUUGUUUUUCCUUCCACCCUUGGUUUUCAGUAUGUAUAUUACUGGACACCUUAAUACAGUAUUCCCUGAAGAGCAUCGUAGAGAAAUCCUUCGUUAUAUAUAUACUAUCACCAGGUACCAUUUUUUAUGAGUGAUGCAGAAUGAAGAUGGUGGUUGGGGAUUGCAUAUAGAAGGUCACAGCACCAUGUUCUGCACGGCUCUUAGCUACAUUUGCAUGCGUAUUCUCGGGGAAGGUUCCGAUGGCGGACUCGACGAUGCUUGUGCGAGAGCGCGCAAGUGGAUUCUUGACCAUGGCAGUGUUACUCACAUGCCCUCUUGGGGAAAGACUUGGCUUUCGAUACUUGGUGUUUUUGACUGGUCUGGAGCUAAUCCAAUGCCCCCGGAGUUCUGGCUCCUCCCUUCUUUCCUUCCUAUGCAUCCAGCAAAAAUGUGGUGCUACUGUCGCAUGGUGUACAUGCCAAUGUCAUAUCUAUAUGGUAAAAGGUUUGUCGGACCGAUCACACCUCUUAUCGAGCAAUUGAGAGAAGAACUCUACCUUCAGCCUUACAAUGAAAUUAAUUGGAAGAAGAUACGCCAUUCAUGUGCACCUGAGGAUAUCUACUAUCCACAUCCAUUGAUUCAAGAUCUGAUGUGGGACAGUCUAUAUAUAUGUACCGAACCACUACUUACUCGUUGGCCUUUUAACAAGUUGAUCAGAGAGAAGGCUCUCCAAGUAACAAUGGAACACAUUCACUAUGAAGACGAAAAUAGUAGAUACAUCACCAUUGGUUGUGUGGAGAAGGUGUUAUGCAUGCUUGCCUGUUGGGCUGAAGAACCAAAUAGUGAUUAUUUUAAGAAACACCUUGCUCGAAUCCCGGAUUACCUUUGGGUGGCUGAAGAUGGAAUGAAGAUGCAGAGCUUCGGAAGCCAACAAUGGGAUACCGGUUUCGCUCUUCAAGCUUUGCUUGCAAGUAACCUCACUGAUGAAAUCGGACCUGUACUCAAGAGGGGACAUGACUUCAUCAAGAAAUCUCAGGUCAAGGACAAUCCUUGUGGAGACUUUAAGAAAAUGUACCGCCAUAUUUCGAAGGGAUCUUGGACUUUCUCUGAUCAAGAUCAUGGAUGGCAAGUUUCUGAUUGCACCGCCGAAGGCUUGAAGUGUUGCCUGCUCAUGUCCAUGUUGCCAGCAGAAAUUGUUGGUGAGAAAAUGGAGCCUCAGCAGUUAUAUGAUGCAGUCAAUGUUAUACUUUCUCUGCAGAGCAAAAAUGGGGGACUAGCUGCCUGGGAGCCUGCUGGAGCUCAAGAAUGGUUGGAAAUGCUUAAUCCGACCGAAUUUUUCGCUGAUAUAGUCAUCGAGCAUGAAUACAUUGAGUGCACGGCAUCUUCAAUCCAUGCCUUGGUUUUGUUUAAGAAGUUGUACCCUGGGCACAGGAAGAAAGAAAUCGAGAAUUUCAUUACGAAUGCUGUACGCUACCUCGAAGAUAUACAAAUGCCUGAUGGUUCAUGGUAUGGAAACUGGGGAGUCUGCUUCACGUAUGGUACAUGGUUCGCACUCGGAGGGCUUACGGCGGCAGGCAAGACAUACGCCAAUUGUGCAGCAAUGCGCAGAGGCGUUCAAUUCCUACUUACAACCCAAAGAGAGAAUGGUGGGUGGGGUGAGAGCUACAAAUCAUGCCCCGACAAGAGAUAUGUGCCUCUGGAAGAUGGAAGAUCAAACUUGGUGCACACUGCAUGGGCCAUGAUGGGGUUGAUUCAUGCUGGACAGGCAGAACGAGACCCGACGCCUCUGCACCGUGCCGCGAAGCUGAUAAUCAAUUCUCAGUUGGAAGACGGCGAUUUUCCGCAACAGGAAAUCACUGGAGUGUUUAUGAAAAAUUGCAUGUUACACUAUGCAGCAUAUAGGAACAUUUACCCACUGUGGGCGCUUGCGGAGUACAGAAAACGUGUUCCAUUGCCAUAAUGCUUUGCCCAAGCCUGUUGAAACUUGUACUCGUCAAACACAAAACAAGAGGGUCAUACAGAUUUGCUGCUUCUGUUUACUUCUUUAUUCCAUUAUUUUCUCACGUGAGCGUAAGAUGAAAUUUGUAAAAUGUAUUGACAAUUAUAAUUUUUUAAAUGUAUUAGCAA